GUCCUUGACGCGCUCGAUGAAUUUGGUGAGUGCCUAGACCUCAUGGAAUUAAUCCAAGAGAUCAAUGAGUGGAAUCCUGGCGCAGUGAGCAUUCUGGCCACAAGUCGCAGAUACCCCGAGAUCGAGGAAGAAAUCAUCGAACUAAAGCCCGUUCAAAUCAACAUUCAGAGCUCGCUGAUCGAUAGCGACAUUCGGACCUACAUUCAGACUCGACUACAAGGAAAGGGCAGGUUACGCCGAUGGUGUAGAGAUGAGACAAUCAAGAGUAAAAUACAGCAAACGUUGGUGGAAGGUGCUAAGGGCAUGUUUAGGUGGGUGGCAUGCCAAAUGGAUGAAUUGGAUCGAUGCUUGACACUAGGGAGUCUUGAGACAACAAUGAAGUCACUACCAGACACCCUGGACAAAACAUACGAAAGGAUCCUCCUUGGAAUCGACAAACGCUAUAAGUCUCAAGCACUGACAGCCCUACGAUGGCUCGCAUUUGCCAUGAGACCACUCACAAUACGCGAAGUAGCAGAGGCCGUCCAUUUAUUCAGUUGUGAAGCCACUAUUGGGGACGUUGGAGAUGAAUCACGGAAUCGACUGUCGGAUCCCAAUGACAUCCUGCUAAUCUGCUCCGGACUCAUCACUAUUACUGAAGAACUUCAGCCGGAUGCAGAUCCAAUAGGGUACUUCCCUGAUAUAAGUGAGCCUGAUAUGAGAAUUAUACAACUCUCACAUUUCUCUGUCAAAGAAUAUGUAGUCUCAGACCACGCCAAAUUAGGACCUGCAUCACACUAUCACCUUGUCGAGCCAUCAUGCCAUACAUACAUCACGCAUUGUUGCGUAUCCCAUCUCCUUCAGUAUCGAGACAUUGACUCCUUG